UGAGCAAAGAUUUGGUGAUGAUCAUCAUGAUGAUCGUGAUCAAGAUUUGGACAAUAACAAUGGCAAUUGUCUCUGACGCAUGAAUUGUGUCGUGUCAAAAAUCAAAAACAAAACCAAAAGUGAAAUUAUAUUAUUAAUUUAAGAAUCUUCUUUUUAUAUCUUUUCCAGGAACCAGAAGAACAAAAAAAAAAAAAGAAAAUGAUUUAACAGAUUUUGGUUUUGGGUUUUUAAUCUAGUGAACAAAAAAUAAAAUAAAAUGUAAAAAAGAUAUAUUUUUUGUAUUCAAUUUGAGGUAUUAUUCUGUCAAAAAGAUCACACGGGGUUAUUCUGUUUUUAUUUUUGGAAAUCAAUGUGUUUUGGAUUGAAGUGAUUGGGUGUGAGUUUAAGAAACUGUAGUGAAAACUGACACAAAAAGAAAAGUCUGAUUGAUUUAAUUAGUAAAGCAUUUUCUUUUAAAGUUUGAUUUGUUUUAAUUAUUUAAUGCGAAUUUUUGAUUUUGUGUUUGGUUGAUAUUUUAUAUUUAUUCUUUUUUUGUUGUUAGAUUUUUAUUUGGACGAACAAGUUUGGAAAAAGAAAUGUCAUUUCGGGGUUUCUCGAGAUUUCAUUAUUAGCAUAGACCUAAUGCACACCUAGGGUUUUUUAAUUUUAGUCCUCGCUCUUUCUCCAUUUUGGUCGUUUUAAGGGAUUUUAUUCUCUUUUUUUUUUUUUUGGUGAUUUUACCCAUUUGGUGGCUUAAUUUCUUGCUUCUCUCAUCUGGGUUGUUCUUCAACUUUGUGAGCCUUUACUAUUUUGUUUUAGGGAUUUCGAAGUGUUUAAAGUUCGUGUUUUGUUUGGAAUUCUCACUUUAGAGGGUUUUUCUCUCUGAAUUUCAACAACUGGGGUCCUGAAUUUGUGGCAAAUCUUAGGGUUUUGAUUUAAUUUGACAUUCGUUUCUGUUGCUGCAAAGCUCUGGGUUUGUUGUUUAAGUUAUUUUUCUUUUUAACACUUGAGGGUGUGGUUAUGUAUGCAUGAUGUUUCAUGCACAAGGUUCUUCAAGGAAUCAUUGUAGUUUGCUUGCAGUUCUCAGCAGAAAAGUUGCUAUUAAUGAGCUAAAACGAGCCGCUUCUGAUGAAAAGCCUAAGUACCCGUUUCCAGAACUCUCUUCAUCUGGCCGACUUGAGGUUCAAGUUUUGAGUAAUCCUAGUACUGAUGAAUUUCAGAGACUUCUUGAAUCAUCAGAGCCUAAUAUUGUGUAUUUGCAAGGAGAGCAGAUUGAUGAUAGUGAAGAAAUUGGUUCUCUGGUCUGGGGGGAUGCCGACUUGUCCACUCCAGAAGCCUUAUGUGGGCUCUUUGGUUCCACAUUGCCUACCACUGUUUAUUUAGAGGUUGCAAAUGGUGAAAAACUGGCAGAGGCACUUCAAUCAAAGGGAGUUCCCUAUGUUAUAUAUUGGAAACAUUCAUUUUCAUGCUAUGCAGCUUGUCAUUUUCGUCAGGCACUUUUAUCAGUGGUGCAAAGUUCAUGCAGCCAUACAUGGGAUGCAUUCCAACUUGCCCAUGCGUCUUUUCGGAUGUAUUGUGUUCAAAACAACAAUGAUGUGUCUUCAAACAGCCAGAAAAUUAGUAGUAAGCUGGGACCAUAUUUGCUUGGUGACCCUCCCAAGAUUGAUAUUACUCUACCUGAGGUAGAUAUGCAGGUUGAAGAAGAUUCUCCAGAGAAUCUUCCUUCUAUAAAGAUAUAUGAUGAUGAUGUGACCAUGAGAUUUCUUGUUUGUGGAGUUCCAAGUACAUUGGCUGCAUGUUUAUUGGGACCUUUGGAGGAUGGACUGAAUGCUCUUUUAAACAUUGAAGUGCGAGGAAGUAAACUCCAUAAUCGGACAAGUGCUCCACCACCACCACUUCAGGCCGGAACAUUUUCUCGUGGUGUAGUUACCAUGCGCUGUGAUUUAUCAACCUGUAGUUCUGCCCACAUAUCACUUCUAGUGUCUGGGAGUGCACAGGCUUGUUUUAAUGAUCAGCUUUUGGAAAACCAUAUAAAAAAUGAGAUUAUUGAGAAUAGUCAACUAGCUCAUGCAUUGCCAAGCUCUGAGGAAAGCAAACUGCCUUCAUCUGAGCCUCGAAAAUCUGCUUCAAUAGCCUGUGGGGCAAGUGUUUUUGAAGUUUGCAUGAAGGUUUCCACAUGGGCUUCACAGGUUUUAAGGCAACUGGCACCGGAUUUAUCUUAUCGCAGCUUAGUUAUGCUUGGAAUUGCUAGCAUUCAAGGGUUAUCUGUUGCUUCAUUUGAAAAAGAUGAUGCUGAACGCCUGCUUUUCUUUUGUACAAGACAAGGAAAAGAACUGCAUACUGAAAAUUCUUUUCGCACUAGGCCUCCUAGUUGGUUAACAACUCCUGCACCUAGCCGUAAGAGAUCUGAAUGUUGCAGAGAAACUAAAGGCCUUGAAGCUGAAAAUGGAGGUAAUGUUAGACCAAAAGUGAAUGCUGCUGCAAUGAGGCCAAUCCCUCAUACUCGUCGUCAUAAGAUGCUCCCUUUUUUGGGGUUUUCUGAGGCUGAAAGAUAUGAUGGUGAACAAGCAAAGCCUAUCUUGCCUGUAGCCCCAGUGAAGCAUGGUGCUGCGGGCUCUACUCCUGUGACACAUAGGAAACCUUCGAGCUCUUAUCAGGCUCAACAACUAAUUUCAUUAAAUCCACUACCCCUUAAGAAACAUGGCUGUGGUAGAGCCCCAAUUCAAGUUUGCUCAGAGGAGGAAUUUUUGAGGGAUGUAAUGCAGUUUUUGAUUCUUCGUGGGCAUACUCGUCUUGUUCCUCAAGGUGGGUUAGCAGAGUUUCCUGAUGCCAUUCUCAAUGCUAAACGUCUUGACCUUUUCAACUUGUAUAGAGAGGUGGUUUCAAGGGGAGGCUUUCAUGUUGGAAACGGUAUCAACUGGAAAGGACAAGUUUUCUCAAAGAUGCGCAAUCAUACAUUGACUAACAGAAUGACUGGUGUCGGCAAUACUCUUAAAAGACAUUAUGAAACUUACCUUUUAGAAUAUGAAUUGGCUCAUGAUGAUGUAGAUGGGGAAUGCUGCUUAUUGUGUCACAGUAGUGCAGCAGGUGAUUGGGUUAACUGUGGAAUAUGCGGUGAGUGGGCACAUUUCGGCUGCGAUAGGCGGCAGGGGCUUGGUGCCUUCAAGGACUAUGCAAAAACAGAUGGCUUGGAGUAUGUGUGUCCACAAUGCAGCGUCACAAAUUUCAAGAAGAAAUCCCAGAAAACAUCAAAUGGCUAUUGACAAGCCCUAACUUAAAAUUUAGUCUUCAGAAACAGAUGUAGAUGAUGAUGAUGAUGCCUUUCCACUGGAUAUGGUGGCAGCCAAAGCAAUAGGCAUGAGGCAGAGACCUUUUGUCUGAAGAUGUUGCAUUGCCAUAGUCACAUUUGUUUCCAUUAGCUUCACUACUUCUUCUUCGAAGGCAACUUGAUCAGGAUUAUGAGAAAUAUCAACUCCUUUUCUGACUGGUUGCGACUGCGACAAACCUUUAGAUCCCUAAUACACACAAAUUAAGGUGUCGGUUGUGUGAAAAGUUAUUAUUUAAUUUCUAGGUAUGAAAAGAGUCAUUUUCUUGGCAGAAAAGUAGUCUUCUUUCAAUUUGAGCUUCACCAUGGAUGGUGACACCAAACUAGCAGAGGAUUACCAUGGGUAAAUGCCCGAGUAUUUGAAAUGAGUAAAUCGUGAUUAAUUCAAAUAUCACUACCCAGUUUGUAGAAACAGAAAAAGUUUCCUAUUAAAGAAACAAUUUCCAAGAAAA